AUGCCUGUGCCUGUGUACACAGGGAGGUUAAGUCAUAACCGCUAUUUACGGUUAGAAUUUGCUAGCCUCAACGACGCUACAUUAUUUGUUCACCUCUGGAAUUCAUGCGGAUUUGUUAUCCUCGAUGCUGGAGGUGUACAUGCUGUGAUGGGGGAUUACAUGCCAGACAUUGAUGUAUCUAUGCCCUCAGAUGUAGGAGUACAGAAUGAUGAUCCACCCGCUUCCUCUUACAUCCUCAGUUGGAACGUCAAUGGUUCGUUUGAUGCAAUAGUUAACGGCGAUGUGAGUCACAGCAUGCUAGAGAACAACGAUAUUAUAUUGCUACAAGAGACCCACCUCUAUGAUGGGGAACAUUGCCCCUCGCUAGAGGGUUAUACAGUCUUCUCAAGACCUGGACCAAGAUCUCUGGAGACUGAUUUCAACGUUCCUUUUGGUGGUGUGGCCACACUUGUUCGCACAUCUCUGAGACCAGUAUUAAGAGAGGAAUUUUGUGGUCCAGAUAUUUUGGCAGUUGAAGUGUCAGAUAAACACCCGAUGCAAGCGCUGAAGGAAAUCAUCGCAGCAGCUGACAUGUUGGGCUUACCAUACAUGAUAUUCGGCGACUUCAAUGCAAGAAUAGCAUCGGAAAAUUCAGGGGAUGAUCAGCCAGUGCAAAUUUCUUCCGACCCUGUAAUUAAUUCCCGUGGCAGAGAUAUCUCGCAAGUGUGUAGUGACUUUGGAUUAACCGUUUUGAAUGGUUCAUGGGAUGUCCCUGGCAUCCAUGAUGGGUGGACUUCUCACCAGAAAAAGAAAGACAGACAGACUGGAGAGGUGUUUUAUCAAUGUGCAGUGGUGGAUUAUGGGAUUGUUUCGCAUGCAUGCUUGUUGGGCAUUGGGGAUUUCACGAUAUCUGACUGUACAACCUGGUCAGACCAUUCCCUUCUAUCUGUCGCAUACUCGUUUACUGCCUCGUCUUCGGAGUCAUCAUUGAAUGCUGCCAAAAACAAAAGUCGGCCUCACUUCGCUAUUCCCCUCGAAUCUGACUUGGAUUGUAUGCUGGACAGUUUGCUGAGCAAGGAAGAUCCACCUCUGCAGGACAAAUUGGAUAGUAUCUAUGGUAGAGUGCAGGAGCCGCAUUCUAUGGGCAGAAAUGUGAUUGUCUAUACAGAUGGGUCAUGCACUAACAGAGUGUAUGACAGUAAGGCUGGUUGUGGGGUGUAUUUUGGUCCAGGUAGUAAGUACAACAGAUCAUACCGUGUGUCAGGCCCACAGAGAAACAAUCGAGCAGAGCUGUAUGUGAUAUUGGCAGCAUUGGUUCAUUCCCCCUCUGACAGACCCCUUCAUAUCUUCUCCGACUCCCAGUAUGCUAUUCGUUCUUUGACUACCUGGGCCCUACAUAACACUGUAUGCGGAUGGAGUUGUGAGAACGGUGAUCUUCUGAGAAGGAUAGUUUUGUGGAUCAACCAACAUGUUUCAACAGUCACAUUUCAUUGGGUAAAGGGUCACUAUCAUGACUUGCAUAAUGAUGCAGCAGACAUGCUGCCUAAGGCAGGAACUUGCCUACCUGUUCCAGCUGUGAAUUCUGGGCUGGAUUUUGAGUCAAUACAAGUCCCUUCUUGA